AUGGCAUCACGAGUCCUCAAUACCAGCCAGUAUCAUCUCAAAGACAUCGCCUUGAUAGGUCUGAUAGUCGCCGUCUGUAUCUGGACUGUAGACAACAUCCUCAACAGAUGGAAGACUAAACAGGAAGCCACUAGACCCUCGGCACCAGAUCUUGAGAAGAAGCCGUUAGGGUCGAAGUUCAAAAAGUCGGAUAGGAAGCCGGGAGAAUGGACACCGUCUGCCUUCAAAAGACCAACAGCAGCACCCUAUCCGAAUUGGGAUGUCCAUACGACCAAGCCUAUACCGUAUCGGCCGUUUCGAUAUGGACCAAAAUAUUUUAUCACCAUGGGACUGAGAAGCAUGAAGUGGGAUGAAUGGAUAGAACUCGAUAACCAUUACUUCCGAUACCACGCCGACAAGACCCGUCGCAUCAAAGAACGGGGUACUAAGAGUUGCAUGACUGCGACAGAGGCCAUGGACGGAGCAAUUGAGUUACUGGAGGAGCUCUGUACCUACCUCCCCGAACGCUACCCCACCAUGUUCCUCAAAACACCCACCGGAAUAACCAACCUCGUAACCAACGAGUCCUUCAACAUAGUCCAACGCCCCCUCCCCGAAGACCCCAUGGCCACCUCUGCCCGCCUAAUCCAAGAUGACCUAGCCCUAAUGAUCGAGCGCCCAGACGGCGACUACUACCUCCUCGCCGGCGCAAUCCUCCUCCCUGGCUUCUGGCGCUUACAGGAUAAAUUCGGCAUGCGGCUUUCGGAGAUACAUACCUCGGGAGAUGUUCCGCAGUACAGAGAGAAGUUGGAAAAGGGGAUGAUGAAUUUCUUCCGCCGGUUGAAGCCUGAGGAUCCUGUAUUGAGGAAUAAUUAUUUCAUCCAGGUUGAUGAUAAUCUCGCAUGGUCGGAUAGUAUCGGGCCCGAGGACUCGGAAGAGGUAUCGUGGAAUACGGCGCAGAAGGACAAGGCCAUUGAGCAGCACUUUUUCCGCUCCGAGCGGCAGUCUCUUCGUCGACUUCCGAGAUCUGGGGCUGUGGUAUUUACGAUUAGGACAUACUUCGAACCUAUUACGGAGAUUGUUAAGGAGCCGUAUGUGCCUGGGCGGUUGGCAUCUGCGAUUCGCAGCUGGGGAGAGGAUGUGUCGCGGUAUAAGGGGAAGGAGAAGUAUGAGGGCGUUUUAUUGAGGUACUUGGAUCGAAAGCAUGAGGAGCAGGUUGCUGCGGGUUUGGAAUUGGACAAGGAAGAUGAUUUUAGGAGUUAUCCUUUCUAG